UAUAAAAGAGGUCAGAGAGCGGAGAGCCACAGAAGACGGAGGAGGGAGAGAGAGAGAGAGCGCGCGCGCCUUCAGAGCUACAAGAAAACUGUAAGACCGCUCUGUUCUAUUUGCAGGGUUGUGUUGUCUGAAGAUCAACAUGAUGAAGUCUGCAGUAGUGAUCCUUGUCUUGGCCCUCAUCUCAGCCUGCCAGGCACGUCAUCUGCCUCUGAGUGAGGCCCAGACCAAAUGGGAAGAGGCAGUGAACGAAUUCUGGCAGUAUGUGUCAGACAUCAACACCAAGGCGGAUGGUUGGUUUGAGAACAUCAAGGGUUCCCAACUGAGCAGAGAACUGGACACCUUAAUUUCUGACACCAUGGGUGAGCUGGCUGUGUACCGUGAUGAAAUCCAAACCAAACUGGCCCCCUUUGCCCAGGAAGCAACUGGUCAAUUUGGCGAGGACCUACAGCUGCUUGCCACCAAGUUACAGGGUGAUAUGACUGAUGCCAAGGACCGAACUAUGCAGUAUGUUCAGGAACUCAAAACCAUGAUGGACCAGAAUGUUGAUGAUGUCAAGAACAGGGUCAACAGCUACACCCGGAAGCUGAAGAAGCGCCUGGGCAAGGAUACUGAGGAGAUCCGCAACACAGUGGCAACAUACCUUGGAGAGGUGCACUCCCGCACAGCUCAGAACAUGGAGGCAGUGAAGGAUCGCGUGGAGCCUUUUGUCAGCAAGGCCAGAGGGCGUGUGGAGGAGCGUCUGAGCGGUUUCUCCCAGUUGAUGCAGUCCCAGGCCCAGGACUUGACCAAGAAAUUGGAGUCCCAGGCUGAGGACAUCCGCCAGCAGCUCGAGCAGACAGCCCAGGAGUUCCGUACCGCCUUGGAGGGUAAGCUGGAGGAGCUGAGCGACUGGUUCGACCCGUACGCCACCAAGAUCCGUGAACAGCUGCAGAGUGUCAUGGACAAAUUCAAGACCAGUGAAUAAGAUCAGGCACACAAUGUCUGGGAAGGUGGUAGGGACCCAGGGGUGUUGUUGUGUGUGUGUGUGUGUUUUUUUUUUUUAAACUUUCCAGCUGGGCUCAGUUAGAUCUGCUGUAUCAGUUCACUGGUCAAUACAGACACUUUAUCAAAGAAAGUAUUGCUGAUUAACUGGUGCACUUAUGUUACAGUUUUUCAUAAUUUUGAUACUGUUGAGAUCAGGGAGUCACUAUAAACGCAUACCUGUCAAUUUUAUACACGGCCUUUAUGAAACGCAUACUUAGAACCUCCAAGCUUGCUUUCGCAUUAUAACUUACUUUCUUGGAGUUCAUACAUUCAUCUGCUACACUAACAACAGGGCACAAUAUCUCACUCUUGAGACCUACACACAGAAAGUCAUGACUUCAUUUUGGCAAACUUUGCUGCCAUGUCUCAUUGUUAUAAAAGUUAAGGGGUGCAGUUACAACUGUGAAUCGCCAGUUGUCCGAUUACAUGUUUGCCUCACCCUCUUAACAGCACUGACACUUUGCUUAACUAUAACCACUGUAGAGGGCCAAAAAUGUCACGUUUAAAAUGAUAACAACUAUAGCACAAUAAUGACUUCUAUAAAUGAUCCCAAAUCACGUUGUCAGCUCCAGCUAAUCCUUAGAAACACUGGGUUGCUGAAUUAAUUGUUAGCUGGGGAACAUUGUUGUAUGUGCUCCAUGUUUCAAGGUAUCAUCAUGAAAUGUCAAGUGACAUUCUGUGAAUAGCUGCAGUUAUUCAGCUCUGUAACUUCCAGCUGUGGCCCAUGUUCUGUCACAAUGGUGCCUCGCUGAUGUGCUGUAAUUUCACAGUAUAGCCCUUAAUGCUGCUUCACUCUAAACACUGAAAACUGUGCAAGCCAUAGUGUGCAGGUUACCGCUGAAACAAUAAAGAGUUUCGAGUA